AUGAAGUAUGUCUGGGACUUUACAACAUCUUCUCUUUUGUCUCUGCUUCAUAUUUGCCUAGCAGUGCAAACCAAUUAUGCCCCCUACUUUUUUGAAAAUGGACCUGGAAGCAACAAUGGGAACAUGGCACUCUUGAACCUUUCUGAAGACACACCAGUUGGUACAUUCAUCUAUACAUUGAAUGGCACUGAUCCUGAAGGCUAUCCAGUAACUUAUGGUUUAUCCUUUGAACCUGGAUCAAAGCGUUAUUUUUCCAUUGACCCUCUCAAUGGAAACAUCACAGUGAUUGAAGAGCUAGACCGAGAGAAAGAAGAUGAGAUUGAGGCAAUUGUCAGCAUAUCAGAUGGAAUAAACAAGGUAUCUGAAAGAGUCCGAAUUCUGGUGACAGACGCCAAUGAUGAGAGUCCAGAGUUCCUGAAUACACCUUAUAUUGUGAAUGUGCCUGAGGACACUCUUCCUGGAAGUAGCAUUUUCCAGGUGGAGGCAGUAGACAAAGAUACAGGGUCUGGUGGAAGUAUUACAUAUUUAGUACAGGACUCACAUAGCACGAAAUUCACAGUAGAUCGCCAUAGCGGUGUUCUUCGUAUCAAAGCUGGAGUGUCAUUGGACUUUGAAAAAUCAAGAACUCAUUUUGUCACAGUUCUAGCCAAGGAUGGUGGUGGAAAACUACGUGGCAAGUACCAAGUAUUUUCAUCAACUACAACAGUCACCAUCCAUGUUCAAGAUGUGCAAGACUCACCUCCAGUGUUUGUAGGAACACCAUACUAUGGUUAUGUCUAUGAGGACACUAUACUGGGAUCAGAAAUACUUACUGUGAUUGCUUUUGAUGGAGACAGAGUCAAUCCCAACACUAUACAGUAUUCACUUUUGGAAGGAGCUGAUGGAGCUUUUGAUAUCAACAAUAUAACUGGUGCUGUCACUGUCAUUAAAAAUCCCAAUGAACUGAAGAAAGAAGUAUAUGAGUUGAAGAUCCAGGUAUCAGAACUGACUCCUUCUGGUGAGGUAGUGGGUCAGGCCUUUACAGUUGUUACCAUAAGAGUUGUCGACCUUAACAAUCACCCUCCAACGUUCUAUGGGGAGAAUGGACCACAGAAUCGAUUUGAACUUACCAUGUAUGAACAUCCCCCAGAAGGAGAGAUACUGAGGGGACUUAAGAUAACUGUGAAUGAUUCGGAUCAGGGUGCAAAUGCCAAAUUCAACCUGCGUUUGGUUGGACCUGGGGGAAUGUUUCGUGUAGUCCCUCAGACUGUAUUAAAUGAAGCUCAAGUGACAAUAAUCGUAGAGAACUCUGCAGGAAUAGACUAUGAAAAGUUUCAUUUGUUAACUUUUAAGCUUCUUGCUAUUGAGGUCAACACACCAGAAAAAUUCAGUUCAACGGCUGAUAUAACUAUCCACCUUCUAGAUAUCAAUGACAAUGUCCCAAGAUUCUCUUCUGAGUAUUAUGUUGCUAGAAUACCAGAGAACUCCCCUGGAGGCUCCAAUGUUGUAGCUGCAACAGCUACUGACCUGGACUCAGGACUCUGGGGUGAAAUAAAAUAUUCCAUUUAUGGUGCUGGAUCUGAUCCCUUUCUUAUUCAUCCCACAACUGGCAUAAUCUAUACACAGCCUUGGGCCAUCUUGGAUGCUGAGGAAAACUCAAAGUAUAACUUUUAUGUUAAAGCCGAGGACACUGAAGGGAAGUACAGCUUAGCUGAAGUGUUUGUUACUGUGUUAGACAUUAACGACCAUUGCCCAGAGUUCAAUGAAAAUAUUCAGCAAAGGACUAUGGUAAUUGGUACACCAGUAAAAAUAGAGGCAACAGACCAGGAUGCAGAAGAACCAAACAAUAUUGUAAAUUAUUCUAUUAUGCAAGCUGAUCCGGAUAACGUGUUUGACAUAGAUCAAAACACUGGCGAGAUAAACCUCAAGUCCUAUAUUAGGUCUUUGGAUGUUAUUCAGAACAUAAGUCGUAACAAAAACUGCAAGUGGUCUGUGGUUGUACAGGCCAAGGACAGAGGCUCUCCAUCAUUCAGUACCACUGCAGUGGUCAAGAUUGAUGUUACUGAAGAGACUCUUCUUCACAAGGGGCCUGUGGCUGCCUUUUUGAUGCAAAGUAAAGAUAACCCCAUGAAAGCCUUAGGGGUGUUAGCUGGUGUCAUGGCAGUUAUGGUGGUCAUUACAGUGUUAAUAUCUACAGCCAUGUUCUGGCGCAACAAAAAGUCUAAUAAAAUUAUGCCCAUGAGGAGGAUUAUUAGACGACGAAGACCAGACCAUCCUCCCAGAACAAUUAGGACUGAAUGGUUGAAGUUCAAGAAGUCCUCGGGUUCUGGGGAGAAGUUUGCCAUGCAAGAUGUAGAAGCGGAUCUUCAAAAUGAUAAUGGGAAUAACAACAGCCAGUUUAACCCUUUCCCACCAAAUGCUCCCUCUCCUCCUCCACCCCCUCGUCUAAUGCCUAAAGCCAGUAAGAAAGAAUGGAGCUUGCCUACUGUGUCUGGGUCCCUUACACCGAGGAUUAUUGAUCAGCAAAUGAAAGAGAAAGUCCCAAGUGCUAGUGUUGCCCUUGUAUCUGAACUGAAACUGAUGCUGGAGAAGAAAAAUGCUGGAAGCUCAAUAUCUUUUUAUUAG